AUGAAUCAAGAAUGUGCCCUCCCUUACUCCAAUGGAGCGUAUCUCUCUGAUCCCCCCCGGGUCUUGGAUGCCAUGUAUUCUCAAUUCGAACAUCCAGUUCAAGGGAACAUCUCGCCAAACCUAGUAGCUCGACCAUCUUUUUGCAAUCCUAGAAUAUUUUCGGAGAUAUCUCCGAACGUGAUUGCCCAGCCUCCCUUGAAUACGAGCAUACAUUCGGGAUCAACACCAAACUUGGAUAUAUCCUCCUCAUUCACGACUGGUGCUGUAUAUUCGACACAACCACCAAACCUAAGUGUUCCACUUGCCUCAUACAAUGCUAGCAUAUGUCCGGUGCAAUCAUCGAGCCCUAAUGUCCAGCUAUACCCGAGCAAUUCUGGCAUAUUUUCGUACCAAUCUCCGAACCUAAUUGGUCAACCUACUUCGCAUAGUGCUACCGCAUACUCGGAACCAUCACCAAACCUGAAUGUUCCAUCCCCUUUGUGUAGUGCUAGCACAUAUUCGCAACUAUCUCCAAACCUGAAUGUUCCAUUUUCCCCGUACGAUGCUGGCAUAAACUCGUACCCAUCACCAAAUCCAAGUGUUCAAUCCUCUUACCAUCCCGGGUUUGCAUAUUCGAACCAAUGUAGGCAAACCAUUCAUAAAAUGCAAUAUUUCUUAAAUUGGAGUACUAAUGUCCGAUUUAUGAUCACAAAUCAACCUGUGUUAAGCUCCAAACCUACCAGCUCAAUUAUCCUCGUACAAUGCUGGCAUAAAUCCGUACCAAUCACCAAAAUUGAAUGCAAAGGACUUAUCAGGAUAGAAUGUUCUAAGAAUGGUCACCAAAUCCGCAUCUUCAACCUUCUUACGAUCCCGGAGUUGUAUAUUCGAACCAAUUACCAAAUUUCGAACCACCCUCGUGGUCCAAUAAUGGCAUUGUAUAUUCAGGAGAAUGUAAGCAAUACAACAAACUUGAUAAAAGGGCAGCCCUUGGUUAACCCGCACCAGGAAUUCCAUCCGAAUUUGAAUCAAGAUCAUGAGCUGCAACCACAGCAAGUAUGCAACCAAUUACUUGAAAUGUUUGGCUACAACUCAAUCUCGACGCUACCAAUGGAAGGGGUGUUGCCGCAACCACUUCAAUUGGACAUAAAAGAUCUAUCUGUCUACGGAUCAAUUCAAGGUCCCAAUACAACUCUAGGAGAAACCGUAAAUACGCCUGCUCAAUGUAUUCAACCGGACUGGUAUAUUCUUCCUCAAUCGUCUACAGUCUAUCACAAUGAAAGCGUGUCGUUUCCAGAGCAAAAUUUGACGAUCUCACAGCAAGUCUACGAAUCGCCGGCUCAGCUGGAAGCCUACAAUACAAUUACUGCAGGCGUACCUAUUGAGGAGAGGUGCUCACAGAUUAUUCCUUCGGGAAGCGAAGCAAUUGACGAUCCUGUCGUUCCAAAGAAGAAAAGCAGAACUAGAAAGCCUCCUGUAAAGAAAUCGAAACCAAGCAACAACCAACCCACCGCGAGCUCUUUAUCCAAUGGAGGUCUCUCAAAUACCCAACAAGUCCCGCUCGCGCAAAUAAAUUCACCUUUUGGACUACUAGAUGCCUAUGAUACAUUACACGGCUGCAUGAAUACUAAUACGAAUUCAGCAACAUCAGAAGAAGCUGUUAAUGAAACUUUUGCUUCUGGAAGCGAGAUGAUACAAGCUCCUAUCGCCUCUGGCAGCAUGAUGAAAGCUCCUACUCCUCCGAACGAAAAGAUGCAUGGUUUUGUAUAUCAAGGUUUUGACUCCAAUUUAGACCUUGCCAUUGCCCUCAUCCGGGUUGCUCGCACAUGGCUUCAGUUUUAA